ACCCUACUGUUUUCCCUUGCUCAGUAUUGCUUCUUAGUCAUUACUUUGACAAUUCAGUUUAGAAAAUAAAAUAGAACUGAAGAAGAAGAGGAGGAGAAAUGGCGCCCCCGGAGGAGGAAAUCAAGGAGGAUUCCGUCGCCGCCGCGUCUUCGGCCGAUAACCGUCCUAUCUCUACCGUCCUCUUCAUCAUUGCUAUGCAAAAGGAGGCGCAACCUCUCGUGAACAGGCUCCAACUCACCGAGGAUGUCGAUUCCAUGUUUCUAAAGGGGGUACCUUGGAUGCGGUAUUAUGGGAACUAUAAGGAUCUGAACAUUAGUAUUGUCUGCCCUGGAAAAGACCCCAUUUUGGGGGUUGAAAAUGUAGGAACAGUUUCUGCAGCUCUUCUGACAUAUGCUUCUAUCCAAGCAUUACAGCCAGACCUCAUAAUAAAUGCUGGAACAGCUGGUGGAUUUAAGGCAAAAGGAGCUUCCUUAGGAGAUGUGUUUCUUGUCUCACAUGUUACAUUCCAUGAUAGAAGAAUACCCAUACCGGCAUUUGAUUUAUAUGGAGUUGGCUUGCGUCAGGCUUUUGAGACUCCCAAUCUCCUGCAGGAGUUAAAUAUGAAGGUUGGUAAACUGUCCACUGGUGAUUCUCUAGAUAUGGCACCAGUUGAUGAAUCAUGUAUCAUUGCGAAUGAUGCAACUGUAAAAGAUAUGGAGGGAGCAGCGGUAGCUUAUGUGGCGGAUCUUUUGAAAGUUCCUGCAAUUUAUUUGAAAGGCGUGACUGAUAUAGUGGAUGGUGAUAGGCCGACAUCGGAAGAGUUCUUGGAAAAUUUAACAGCAGUAACUGCUGCUCUGGAUGAAGCAGCAGGUCGAGUCGUUGAUUUCAUAAACGCCAAAUCUCUGCCUCAACUUUGAUACAUACAUAUAUGCUGCUUGCUUGCUUAUCUCAUUCUUCCUUCCAUCUCUACUUGUGUGGAUGACACUCACACAAAUGCAAAUGUAAUGAACCUUUAAAAGAUUUUGUUGGUUUCUUUAAUAGGAAAAACAAAAGGUAACUAUAUAAAUUGUUAGU